GCAUGUGAAUGAAUGCUGGGAAUUUAGACUGGAUUCAGCAGAGGCACGCGUUCACUGCAGCCUGCAGCUCUCUGUUGAAACAAGUUCUGAUCUAAUGAACAAAUGCAUCACUGCUGCUUGCUUUUGUCUAUUUCCAGAUAUUUGCAGCAGUUCGAUCUGGAGGCGCUUGUGCCAGCAGUAGCUUCUUGCCGCCGCUUCGCGUAUUCAUCGUCCCUCCAAGUCAGCCAAGGAAUGAAGACCCUCUGAAGCCGAAUGUGGUUCCUGUAGAGUGGGAAUUCCACCCAACUGCGGCUUCAUCCGUCCAGAAGUGGACCGGACAUGUCGGGGAAAUUGAGUGCGAAGACCACCAUGACUAACCAGGAAAAGUGGAUCACCCUGAGUCCUGCAGAAUUCUCUCAGCUACAGAAGUACGCCCAGUACUCCACAAAGAAGCUGAAGGAUGUUCUAGAAGAAUUCCAUGGUGCUGGUGUGCUUGUGAAAUACAAUCCAGAGCAGCCAAUCGACUUUGAAGGCUUCAAACUGUUUAUGAAAACAUUCUUGGAAGCCGAGCUGCCUGAUGACUUCUGUCAGCAUCUGUUCCUGUCAUUCAAGAACAAAUCAAUCCUUCCAAGCCCUUCAUCGCAGGCUAGAAAUUCCAGCAGUCCUUCACUCGAUGCAGGGGGACUUCAAAGCUCUGGGACAAAGACUGAACUACAGAUUAUUCAAGAAACCUCAUCUCCUUCUGUCACAUCCUCCCUUGCCAGCAUUGAUGCAUCAGAUGUGGUUCAGCUAAAGGAUAUAGUUUGCUACUUGUCGUUACUGGAGGGUGGUCGGCCUGAGGACAAGUUAGAAUUCAUGUUCCGUCUUUAUGACACUGAUGGAAAUGGGUCGCUAGAUAGCUCGGAACUUGACCAGAUCAUCAGUCAAAUGAUGCAUGUCGCUGAAUAUCUACAAUGGGAUGUGACCGAACUCAAACCAAUUCUUCAGGAGAUGAUGGAAGAGAUAGAUUAUGACCAUGAUGGUACAGUGUCUCUGGAUGAAUGGAUUCAGGGAGGAAUGACAACCAUCCCACUCCUGGUUCUCUUGGGUCUCGAAACAAAUGUGAAAGAUGAUGGGCAACAUGUGUGGAAGCUGAAACACUUCAACAAACCUGCCUACUGCAAUCUCUGCUUGAACAUGCUGAUUGGUCUUGGCAAGCAAGGCCUCUGCUGUUCCUUCUGCAAGUAUACAGUUCAUGAACGCUGUGUGUCCAGAACUCUUCCCACCUGCAUCAACACAUAUGUCAAGUCAAAAAAGAAUGCAACUGUAAUGCAUCACUUCUGGGUGGAAGGAAACUGUCCAAAGAAAUGUGACAAGUGCCAUAAAACCAUCAAGUGUUAUCAGGGUCUUACAGGCCUUCAUUGUGUAUGGUGUCAAAUCACUCUGCACAACAAGUGUGCAUCCCACAUGAAACCUGAAUGUGACUUUGGACCACUGAAAGAUCAUAUCUUACCCCCAUCUUCGAUCUGUCCCAUCGUAUUGGAUAGGCAAACUACUGUGAAAAGAAGAGAUGGUAAUUCCCAGCCAACAAAAAAGUCAGAGGAGCGCAUCAAGAUACAACGAGCGAACUCUGUCACAGUUGACGGACAAGGUUUGCAGGUUACACCAGUUCCAGGCACACACCCGCUUCUGGUUUUUGUCAAUCCCAAAAGUGGUGGGAAACAAGGAGAAAGAAUCUUCAGAAAAUUCCAGUUCCUUCUGAAUCCACGCCAGGUUUACAGUCUUGGUAGUAGUGGCCCAAUGCCAGGAUUAAAUUUUUUUCGGGAUGUUCCUGACUUUAGACUUCUAGCUUGCGGUGGAGACGGAACAGUGGGAUGGAUCCUUGAUUGCAUAGAUAAAGCAAAUUUGCCUCAGCACCCUCCAGUGGCAGUUCUUCCACUUGGAACUGGCAAUGACUUGGCUCGAUGUCUUAGAUCAGGAGGAGGUUAUGAAGGUGAGAGUCUGAUGAAGAUUAUCAAAGACAUUGAGAACUGCACAGUAGUCAUGCUGGACAGGUGGAAAAUUGAGGUGAUUCCCAACAACAAAGAAGAAAAGGGAGACCCGGUGCCUUACAAUAUUAUCAACAACUAUUUCUCUAUCGGAGUGGAUGCAUCAAUAGCCCAUAGAUUCCACAUCAUGCGGGAGAAACAUCCCGAGAAGUUCAACAGUCGAAUGAAGAACAAGUUCUGGUAUUUUGAAUUUGGGACAUCUGAAACAUUCUCUGCUACGUGCAAAAGACUCCAUGAAUAUGUAGAGAUAGAGUGUGAUGGAAUACUACUGGAUUUGAGCAAUAUGCCCUUGGAAGGUAUAGCUGUUCUCAAUAUACCAAGCAUACAUGGUGGAUCGAACUUGUGGGGUGAGAGCAAGAAACGACGUAGUUAUCAUCGGACAAGCAAGAAGGCGCCCGAUAAACGGACGGUUCUCGAUACCAAAGAGCUGAAAUAUUGUGUUCAAGAUGUAAGUGACCAGUUGUUUGAAGUGAUUGGUCUGGAAGGGGCCAUGGAAAUGGGACAGAUUUACACCGGGUUAAAAAGUGCAGGAAAAAGACUGGCUCAGUGCUCCUUGGUGACCAUCAGAACCAGCAAGUUCCUACCAAUGCAGGUUGACGGAGAACCUUGGAUGCAAACCCCUUGCACAAUUACAAUAAAUCACAAGAACCAAGCCCCAAUGCUGAAGGCACCACCUCCCAAGACUGGCUUUGUUUCUUCAAUCAUCAAGAGGACUCGGAGUUAAGACACAAGGAAGAAAGAGAGAACUUGGUGCAUUUUUCUCUUUGAAUGAGAACAAGGAAUUACGAACAUGUUGCCCUCUGAAAGAGUCGCUCUUAGCUGGAAACUUUAAAGCACACACGGGAAAUCUGGUUUUACCCAGUUCAUGUUCUUCCUGUCCACCUACAAUGAUAAUCAGAAAAUCAGGUAAAACACGACUAAAAUCACAUUACUCCCGAUCAGCUGGAGAGGUUUCCUCUAAUUGCAAAAGCAGUAAACAACCUCUCCAUCCCCAAACUAAAUUACUGUAGACCAUUGAUUUGCACAGUUGUCAUUUCUAUGAUUGAAUACAAGAAUUAAAUCAUGAAAGUUAUUGUUGGUACAUGUGGUUUGCAGUUUACGUGUAACAAGCAUUUACUGAGAGCAGAUUUACCCUCCCAGCUUUAUCCUUUUGGCAAAUAUUGCAGAGGCAAUUUUUGCUUCCGAGCUAUUGACUUUGCUACAAAGCUUUCUUGUCAUUAGGACAGGGGGAUGAAGUGACAGCAUUAAAAACACUUUAAGAUGCAGCAAACCCAUACCAAAUCUAUGUCACAUUGGAAACAUUUAUAAGGAAUUCCUUGUCCUCUAUUGAAACUAAAAUGUUAACAAAGUCUUUAGUAACACAAGCAUCUCAUGCAGAAUAUAUCAGUGAAUUUAUUUCUGGUAUCAUGCAACAAGAUUUCAAUCCAAUUAGGAGUAAAAAUUAUGAUGGAAAGUUGCUUCUGAAGCAGUUUGUCAAAUUUCAGUUGAUUCUGUUACAUAACAGAGAGGGAUGGAGACUUGGCUCUUGAAUCUUCAGCCCAAUCUGCCCAAAUACUAUUGCACAUGACUAAAAUUGCACACGCAAUGUAAUUGCUGCCACUGAAGCGAAGCUCUCUGCCAUUAAUUCUGUACUUCUGACUUACCCCACACACAAUAUAGUGUUAUAAUUCUUGUGGCUUGCACUCCACAGCACUUGGGCAAACACAUAAAAUUGCCCAAAACUUUAAGCGGCCAACUUUACAAGGAAUCUGUUUCUUGCUCGACUUCAGUUAAAUGGUCAUAGCUGGGCCAAACGAUUAAUUGGGAGUUAACAGGAGAUAUCCACUUCACUAGCCUAAAUGGAUCAGUACAAAUUACCAAAACAAAAUUGGUCAGAUUACAGACACAAACCUUGCUUUGGAAAUCUUUGUUGCUCUGAAAAGUACACUGAGCAUGUAUUGCAUGCAGGCCAGUCUGUUUUGAGAGGGCCCACAGUUACAAAGUUCUGUUUUGGUAUUGUGUGCAGUAGUGUGGUUUUGCAUGCCUGAUGCUCUCAAAGGCCUUUCCACCAUGGUGGAGCUAGUGUAAAAAAAUGACUGGUCAGGCCAAAGGGACUUGAGGAAUAAGGUGUGGCAUUUAAGGGCAGGACUUGUGAUCAGUUGCCAAAGGUUGGUUUAAGUCACUUGGGGUGGAUAAUCAAGAAUGAUAUGCGGUGGGAGAAUGGUGUCAGGGUUAUAAUCUGGUGGCUGGGGUUGAACGAUUAAGACCCAAGGGAAAUAAGUUUGAUUUAAUGCUACAAGACCCAUCUACAGAAGGUUAUCCUAUCUGGUAGUUCAAGUGCCAGAUUCCAGGAGCAACAAUUUAAAGCAGGUCAUCCACACGCUUGAGGAGGCUCACUUCUGCAUGGGUGAUUUGUGGUCACCAAUCCCGCAUGGGUACUGCAUUCAUAACUUCUGCUGCCUCAAAUGCAAGAAGAUUUCUGCAUGGGUAAUUCAUGGUCAUGCUGCAUGUGGUACAUAUUUGGUUGCAACUUCUGCAAAUUAUUUUUUUGCUUGUGCGGCCUAUGGACUCACAAAGUUCAUAAUUUAUACGAGUAGAAUCAGGCCAUUCACUCCAUCGAGUCUACUCUGUCAUUCAAUCAUGACUGAUCUAUGCAUUCUAAUCCCAUUUUUCAUGCCAUCUCCCCAUAACCCUUGACACCCAUUCUAAUCAAGAAUUUGUCUAUCUCUGCCUUAAAAAUAUCCACUGACUUGGCCUCCACAGCCGUCUGUGGCAAUGAGUUCCACAGAUUAAUUAACCACGGACUAAAGAAGUUCUUCCUCACCUUCUUUCUAAAAGAGCGUCCUUUAAUUCUGAGGCUAUGACCUCUGGUCCUCGACUCUCCCACCAGUGGAAACAUCCUUUCCACAUCCACUCUAUCUAUGCCUUUCAUUAUUCUGUAAGUUUCAAUGAGGUUCCCCCUCAACCUUCUAAACUCCAGCGAGUACAGGCCCAAUGCUGUCAAACGCUCAUCAUGUGCAGAAGCAGUCUUCCACAAUGUACCAUUGGCUGACUGUAGAGACAAACUCUUGACUGUUCUAUGGUUAAUUUAGGCUGACUUAAUAACAGAAUAAAUGCCACAUAUUCAGAUCUGCUCUAUGUGCUAAUUUCUGGCAGCAGUAUGCGAUAGUGUAGCUUCCAUGUUUUAAAUAAAAGGAUUUCCAUAUAAAAGCAGCACUGGCAGAGAAUGAUCUGAGUACACAAAGUACUAUUUGUGUAAUCAGGACCUGAACAACAAAUCAAUUUUCAACUAAAAUUAUAAUUAAAAUAUUCAACUCGGGUUACCAUAUUUGUUGUUUGUAAAUAUACACACAGCAAACAUCUGAAUGGAUGAUGAAGCAGAUUCAAUGGUGGCUUUCAAAAGGAAAUUUGAUAGCAUACAUGCUUGCAAAGAUAAAAUUUACAGAACUUUGGAAGCAGAACCAGGGAUGGAGACUAAUUCAAAAAUUCAUUACGAUAAAUUGAAGCGUUUCAUUCCGUCCUGUAGUUCUCUGUCAUUCACUACAUUGUCAAUGAUCACAGCUGCAAUGAGCUAUCUUAACCCAAGAUAGCAGAAGAGUUUAAAAUGACUUCUCCUGAGAUUUUGUACGUAAUUUUUGCAUGUUACUAUAUGCAAAUUGUCAUUCUGAUUAGGGUGACAUUAUGAUAUUUUUUCAUACUAUACGGUGGCGGUAAAAUGCUUUAUUUUAAUUGCAGCAUGUGUUUGUUUGCUGAACGCCCAUUUUUUGCAGGGCGCAACUCCUGGUUUAAUAUCCUGCCCAUGGCCAAUUUUCAGAAUUAUUUUUCUUCUGCGCGACUGGUAUAAACCAGACAAAACACUGUUUCACACCUCAGCAUAUUUUUAUCAGAAUGUUCCACCGUUCAUUUCAGCUGCAACAUGCUGAUUGGUCAGAGUUUCCAGCAGCUCAAUGAAGGGCUUAUUCAACUAUCCUCAAAGCACCUCGAGCAGCAGGUCUGGUGAAAGUCUCUUUAUGGUAUCUGGUCCUUUAGCUGCCUGGAGGAGCAGCCUUCUAUCCUGCAGCUUUCCCUUUGAUCUGUCACAAACAGACAAUAUCGACAUCCACAUUUUCCAAUUUGCUUCAGAGGGAAAUCCACAAUUACCUUAGAUCUGCAUAGACAUGCCUGUGCAAAGAAAAUGUUUUUUAAAUUAUAGAGAAAAAAAAGGCCAAUAUUCAAUCCCCCUAAGACUGGUCAAGUAAUUUGGUGCUUCCACUGUUAUGAGUUUCACAGUGUUCAAGUAUUUAAUAAAAACGGUGUACUGGCUGCAAAUAGGCCAAAAGAUAAAUUUUGAACUGUCAAGAGAUCCUUUCUUCAAAUUGUGAAGGCACCUCCUUAAAAGUGUUGGUGAAGCUGGAAAUCUUACCUAAUGUACAGGCACUUGUGGAUGCUCUUUGAUGAGCAGAACUCUUAAAUGACAAUAGACCAUUACUAGUCAUGAGUAUUCCAUACCAAGUACCAAGUAGUCACGCUGAUGUAAGCCAGUACUUGAUUACAGAGUGUGUAUGUCUGGUACAAAUCAACACAGCAAGCACACAUUAUUACUCAUCUAAUUGUAAAGAAAAAUGUGUUCAGGGGGUUAAAUUCACCCCUUAACAAUUUCUAAUGCAGAACAAGACUGAAUACAAAACCGUUCAAAUGUCAGUUGAGGUGACAUUGGAAAUUGACCUUAACACAUAUUAGCACUGGGGAAGAGCAACAGUCACUCUUGAUUGCUAUCCACUGAUGACAACCUGAAGACAGAUGGAUGACAAGAUUGUGCCUGAGGUGGGGAAGUCAACAUUAUCUAUCCACCAAGUAAUCUGCCAACACUGUCUAGCUUCACACAUUAAGGGUGGAUACUUAGAUGAAACAAAGGAAACAAUAACACCUGUAGAAUCCAUACCCGACAGGAUUCACAGCAUUCAACAAAGAAGCAGAGAGGAAAAAAAAAUCACAGGAGCCAGCCCAUGACCUACCCAAGCCGAUUGCAAUUUUGUUAGCACAUUCGAGAGGAAAGAUUAAAGAUUUGAAUUGAAUUGAUUUUAUUGAAAAAUCCAGCAUGAAAACAGGCACUUCGGCCCACCGUCCGGACUGUCACUAUGCUCUCACUAUUUCCAAUUUCACAUCUACUCUGGGCUUGGGUCAAUUUACAAUGACCAAUUAACCAAUGAAUGCACACAUCUUUGGGGUAGCUGGCAAAUGACUACAAUCGCUAUUUACAAAAUCAUCUCUUGAGUAUACACCUUACUUGGCAUAGAGCAAGCACCUGUUUUAUUCUGUUACCUUUUAUUCAGUGUUUUGUUUUAUUCAGUUGCAAAAUGGAAAUACAUGAAUGUUUGUUAAUACACAGCAUCCAGAAGAUUGGGAAAUGAAGUCAUCCUUGGCACACUGUUGGAUUUAACAAAGUAAUGGUCCUUAAUCCUACUUUAUUGGUCCAGAUUGUCCUCUAAAUGGUGAAAAUCGUGAACUAGCCUAUUGCAUGUCCUGGGAACUCACUGCUAUGUCAGUGUGAACCCAGGCAGAGUCUUCUGUAGUGUUUACAGUUAGGUGAUUAGCAAGGACCAGAAGAGUAUGGAUUAGCAAGGUGUAAUAGGGUAAUUCACUCCCCUCCAAUAACUUUAAAUUGGGGCCCUGACUCCUGGGCAGUCAUUAAGAUUAGAACCGUGAAAAGACAUUCAUAAACAUUUAUUUAUUUAUUUGUUUAUUUGUUCCGAACAAGUAAAGACAUAAAUAGGAAUAAAUAACACCAACAAAAUGGAAGUAGUCAAACAAUUGGA